AUGAACCCCGCGGCGCCGGGCAGCCUCGUCGCGCUGCGGCAAGCCGCCGCUGCUCACCAGCGUGCAGACGAGGAGAGGCUGGCCGCCGCCUUGGAGCGGGAGGCGGCGAAGGUCAGGGAGCUGGAGGAGGACCGCGAGGCUGCCGAAGAGCUGACCGAUGUGGAGCAAGAACUCGAGCAGCUCCGCAGCGAGUACGCCACGCGCCGCGAACUUCACAGCGCUGAGUUGCUCGCAGUAUACCGCAAAGCGAUCACACGCGUGCCUCGGCUCGCCGCUGUGAUGACAGCCGAGCAGGCGUUGGCAGAUCCCGAGCGUGUGCUGGCGUGGCUUCUCAGCGCGGCGGGCACGGCGCAUCCGACAGCGCCUGCUGCGGGCUUGAUUCCCCCGACACCGCCCACACCGGCCGAGGCAGCUGAGCAGGCGGAGGAGGGUUCGUGCGAAGGGGCGGCGGCGCCUUCGCGGUGCCCAGGGCUGAUGGAAGAGGCGAGGCCCCCGGCCCGCGAGGCCGCCAGCUCCGACGCUCCACCCCCGAAGCGCACGCGCUACACGGAGAAGUGCUGGGGCGACGUCGUCUCGGGCGGCGCGCUGGGCUGCGAGGCGCUGCCUCCGCAGGCGUCGAGGGCCGCCUUUAGCGAGAAGUUCUGCGGGCGCUGCCGGCAGCGGGGCGUGUUUGUGCCGGCGUCGAGGGUGCGCAUGCCCAUCGGCGCGGGCUCCGGCGAGAUCGCCAACAGCCACGGGCCCGGCUUCUGGAACGAGCCAUCCCCAGCCUCGCGCUGGCCUGCGCACCGCGUCGUGAACCAGACGUCCGACUGCUCGGGCCCGAGGCUCGUAAUCCUUAAGGACGAGUCUCCGGUCCCGCUGCCCGGCCUUGCCGAGGCCGCCGCGCUGUCCGCCUCCGACGGCUGGGUCGCCUUCACGGUCGGCCGCACGCUCAGGAGAAAUUUGGCUCUGCCGUCGGCCGUUGCGAUUCCUCUCUCGCCGGCCCCGCCGCCCGAGCGCGACACCCCUGAGGCUCGCACCGCAUCAGCCGAGGGGCGUGUCGAGGGGUUUGCGGCGGCGGCGCAGGCGGGCGAGGCGUCUGGGUCUGCGUUGGAGGCCGGCCUCGAGCCCUUCCUCGCGGAGAUCUCGUUCGCUCUCGGCCCGCUCGCCGAGGCCGGCACGCCGCCGCCGCUUGGGCCCGACGAGAUGACGUGGCACUUCGGGGGCGGCAGCACCUUCGACGAGCUGCUUCUCUCUGGCUCGGCGACACCGCCGCUGCUGCAGACGCGUCCGAAUCCGGAGGCAAGCGUGCCGCCGCCCUCCAUGCCGCCUUCGCCGCCGGCCACAGCUGGCUUUUUCCGGCACGUGGAUGUCCGCGCAACACUGUUCAGUCAGCACGCCCUCGGCGCCGCCGUCGCUUGCUCCUGCGCCGUGCACGCUCUCGCCAGCUAUCGGUCCGACGCAAGCAACCAGGGCGACAGCGUAGUGGAGGUCAACAUCUGGGGGCUCAUGCUCACUGUCGUUCUCGCGUAUGCUCUGGCCAGGGCGUACGGCUGCUAUCGCAGGGCCGCGCUCACCAUCACGUAUGGCACCACCGUGGCAUCGAUCGUUACCCUCCUCUUUGAUGCGCUCCGGCCCGUGGAAGGAACGACUGCAGCUCUGGGGCUAGCCGCGUAUACCGACGCGCCCGUCUCUGCGGUCGGCUGCCAGUUCGCCUACGGCCUCCUCCUCGGCGUGCAGCCACUCAACACCUCGGUACGAAGCAAGAACCUCUGCGCCACAAUUGGCAUCUGGGCGACCAAUCUGGCCAGUAUGCUCCUCCGCACGGGGGACGCGGCAUUCCUAAGCGUGCUGCUCGCACGCACCGCUCUGCCACUAUCGGCUGGCUUUUCGGCCGGCGUGGGGUAUACGAGGUGGAAGCGGGCUGCUGCUGCAGCCGACCCUGAGGCCCGCAGCCUGCUCGAGCCACCUUCGCCUCCGCCUGCUCCGCCCGGGCCUUCGGGCGGCCCCUCGAGCGACCCACGACCCGAUGUCGAGCAGGCGGCGCCCAGGCACCGAAUCACCCAGGAGGAGCGGGUGAUGAUCUCGCGUCAGGAGGCGGCCUUGCGUGCGACGCAGAUCGAUCCGGCAGGCUUUCUCUCUAGGUCGGUCACUAAACUGCUGGAGUGCUUGACAAUGGAGGACUCGGAGAAGGAUAGAACACACACAAAGGAAACGCGUUGA